AUGCCUGAAGGCGAUUCCUUUCUACCGCGCGUCCAGUCCGUCUUUUAUGCCGUUUUCGAUGUUAAACAGGGCCCCAAAGUCGUCUAUCAGGUACCUGAGGGGCUCAUUUCCGUGACAUCCACUGGUCCUCCAUCAUCUGGUAAUAUAAACAACGGUUGUUCCGUGCCUCCAACUCCAUCGUCAGAGACUUCACCUCCCGUGGUGCCUACUGGAUCCUUUAGCAAUCUAAAUGGUCUGACCUCUCGAAAUUCCAGCACUUCUCUGGCCUCGCCUACGGAUUUCUACAGGCCAGGUGGUCGUCAUCUAUCUUCCCCGCAGAAACGUUCCAAUUCCUCUCAACGUACACUAUUCAAUUUCAAUGACAUAUCAAUGUUUGUUAUACCGCACCAAGCUCUAUGUGGCAGACUCGUUACAUGUGCUACCAGGCGGCAUCGCAUCAUUGGUUUUCCUGUGGAAUUGAAAGGGAACUACACCCGCAACUACUUCCGUUACAAUCUAUGCUUUGUCUUCGAACGCGAAGCAGAUCUCAGUUGUUAUGAACCUGUUGUUCGUAAAAUUAGUCGUGUGCUUAAAGCUUGCGAGGAGGAAUCACACUUCUUGUCCUCGCCCAACACAUCCCCUGCCGUUCAUGCCAUUCUUGAGCAGCUUUAUGAAGAUCUGAAUUCAUAUUCCGAGACCUCAAUUUCUAUUGAUCAGUUCAACUCCAUUGAGUUGAAAAUCUUCCCCUUCUAUCCAAAUCCUCCCCCUUUACGAGAUUGGAUGGUUCCUCUUGCUUUGAUCAAUCUUCCCAAGAGAGUGGAGGAUAACUGGGAUCUUACUGUGCUGAAAGUAUCCAAAUUCAUUGACGGGAUCAAUCACGUUAGUCGUAUUGCACACCUAGCAGAUUGCGAUCUGGCAUUGACGCGACAAGCAAUAUCGCAUUUAUUAUACUAUCAAGUGAUCAUGAUGAUUGAUAUUUUUCAAUACUCGAAUAUGUACACUUUGAAAAAAAGUGUGCAGUGGCUUGCUGAUGAGGCUCAUGUUAAGGAAGAGUGUGGACCUUACGUGACCAAGCCAGGCAAGACUAUACCUGAUUGGCCUCGGCUUCUGCAUUUAUAUUCAAGGUUGAAACCCGGCAAGACCAUCUUUGACUGGAUGAAAUCACACGACGUAGAAAGCUUAGGCAUUGACGUACGGAGGUUCACGAGUUUUGGUGUUAUCAAGGGGUUUCUUCGGCGCGUACAUCGAUAUCCCGUUUACAUUUCCCCUGAUCCUGAUGAAAUUGGUUCAAAUGAGCACAUAUAUCCUUUGGAAAGCCCGAUAGAACCAAUUACUCAUUCAGUCCUUGCCCGCAAACGAGGCAAAAGCUUAUCUGCCGCUAACGGACAGCAGCCUAUUAUCUUCCCGACUCCUCCGGCUGACGUUACGCCUCAUGAGACCGACGCACCCCCUUCCUCCACCAUAUCUGCAUCUCACCGAGCUCGAAGAGCCAGCGCCGCUGAAAAGGUUUUGGAACAACUUCGCAGCAGGGACAUGCAAAAAUCAGGAACCAACGCUCUUGCAUCGCAGCGCAAUUCAUGGAUCAACUUCCCACACGAAAGCUUGACUAACUCUUCCAACUCUCUGGCUACAGUAACCAAUGCAUUGAAUGGCUCUGUAGUAUCUCUCGCUGGUAUCUCAGCGACCCUCCCAUCGACCGGUGUGGCACAUGCAAGCCCUACUAAAAAUGCUUCAACAGGACGGGACUCACGCCGGCAGUCGCUCAUUGCACCUGUGGUUCCGCCGUCUUCUCCGAUCAUUGCCAAGAUGACCUUAACGCCAUCGCGCCCCCUUAAUCAAGCGGCAAAUAUAACUUCCCAGCCAUCGGUGCCGCCGUCAUUCAAGUCUAUGCUUGAUGGAGAACAUCAUACCGACGAGCUAUCUGUCAAAUUCGAGGCAGGCUGGCCUCUUUUAGAACAAUGGCUGCGAACUAUAGGGGGAGGUCAAGGCGAAAAUGACUACGGCAGAGUAGUGAUCAUUUGCAAGUGA